AUUCGCCAUUACCUCGAGGUGCUCGGAAUGAGAGCAAGAUUCUACCUAGCCACCAUAUCGCUUUCGUUUGAGAAAGGUAGACGAAAGAAAGGAAAAGAAGCGAUGACAGAAAUGAAGGUUUUGGACAGAGGUGACCGUGAGAGGAUUCCGCGCCCACAUGAUUAA